CCAUUACAAAAAUGUGUCUAGGUGGUCUUGUUUUGAUCUCUACCAUACGAUGUAAAAACCCCUAUUGUAUCUUAGUUGAUGCAUUAGGUACAAGACCAAGACAAACAUGCAACAUGCGACCUGAUUUUCAUUUUGCUCUUUAGCAUCGACUUAGUUGACGUAUCUGUAGCAUCUACAGAUUCUUUUUGAGCUCUAUCUCUAAUCGAGGUGAGCCAACAGUCACAUUAACAAUUUACUUAUUAGUUAAUGUUAAUCGGCUGCAACCCCUUGCCUACACCGUUCCUUGUUUAGCUUAUUUUUUGCCCAUUCCUUUUCAGCUGUCAUUUCCCCGGACUUUCUCGCCUGGUAAAAAUUUUUAAUGUACUAUUCUGCUGGGCAGAAUUAUCAUGGAUUCGAUUAUCAUAAGCCCAGAGUUACCCCCGAACGACGUCUUACUCCUCCGGAAUCUUUCCGAGGAUAUUCAACGGUGUCAGCAAAACACCGGGCCGUCUACUAAGAGCUCCGCCAAGAAGUCCUCCGGCAAGACGGUAAAUAAUGAAUCCUCCGCGUCCGGCCAAGAAGCUACCAAUGGAACCAUUGGCAAUCAUGUCUUAGCAUCUAGGGAUGAGAGCGAUCUUACCUCCAUGAGAGCAGUUAACGAUCCGACACACAAAGACUUCGAGCCAUCUGUCUUCUGCACAGUUGACUUUCGAGACUUGUCUUCUCGAUUACAUCCCGUGAUCUACAAGCACAUCUUGCUGCCGUAUGUAAAAUGGGCACAAAAUGUCGCUAGACAUCCAAGUGAUGUGAUUAUGGUCACCCACCUAAUCCUGUACUUCACUACCUCCGUGCCCAGCGCGAUCUGGCUCUAUUACCACUUCACUUAUAUUCAUGGGUUCAUCCAUUUCAUCAUGCAGGUUUACUACGUAGGCACGUAUACACUGAUGAUGCACCAACAUAUACACGGCGGCGGCGUGUUGCGCAAGACCUCUUGGGUUCACCUGUUUGACAUAACGUUUCCGUAUAUUACUGACCCUCUGAUGGGACAUACCUGGAAUUCGUAUUACUACCACCACGUGAAGCAUCAUCACGUCGAGGGAAAUGGUCCUAACGACCUCUCAUCCACCAUCCGGUAUCAGCGUGACAAUAUCUGGCACUUUUUGCAUUAUGUCGGACGUUUCUACGUCCUGAUCUGGCUCGACUUGCCCAUCUAUUUUCUCCGGAACGAUCGACCUACGUUUGCGCUCAAGACAGCAUUUUGGGAGUUGUCCAAUUAUGCUGUGAUCUUGACCUUGUUCAUCAUAAACAGCCGUCCGACGACCUUCGUGUUCCUGCUGCCGCUCAUGUUACUCCGCGCCGGUCUGAUGAUUGGAAACUGGGGUCAGCAUGCCCUUGUGGAUGCCGACGAGCCCGACUCCGAUUACCGAUCCAGCAUCACCUUGAUAGACGUGCCCAGCAACAGGUACUGCUUCAACGACGGGUACCACACGUCGCACCACCUGAACCCGCGACGGCACUGGCGAGAGCACCCGGUGCACUUCCUAGCGAACAAGGGGACGUACAGCGCGGAGCACGCGCUCGUGUUCCACAACAUCGACUACCUGGAGAUCACGGUCCGGCUGCUUCUCCGCGACUACGCGCACCUAGCCCGCUGCCUCGUGCCCAUCGGCGAGAGGCAGAUCCGGCUGACGAUGGAGCAGCGCGCCGACAUGCUCAGACGCUGCACGCGACGGUUCACCGAGGACGAGAUCACGGAGAAGUUCGCGGUCGCGGCGAAGGAGAAGGCUAAGGUUAAGUGAAGUGAACGAGGCGCUUUGAUGGGGUUGUGAGGGAAAGGGAAGGGGGUAGGUGAAGAGGUUAGUGAAGAUGCGAGAAGAAUCGAAGACCUCGGUAGUAGAGAUGAGAUCGGAGUGAGGGGAAGACAUCGUUUGCGGGCGCUAUAUGACUCUUUUACAUGCGUACCUGGGUAGACUAAAAGUUCUUGGUACACCUACCAGGUAUACAUUAUGCGUAAUCAAUUUAUAAGUCGUCUUAAAAUCAAAUUACAUGCAUGGAUAAACAAGACAUGUAUU